AAAUAUUUAGCCUAUAGCUCUAUCCCACGGACUAAGAUAUAUAUCUUGGACUAUAUCUUAGUCCGUGCUCUAUCCAUAGCAUAGAACAAUAGUAUAUUAUGAUCUAAGGAUAAAAAGAAUCUUUUUAUCCGUGGUUAUAACCUGCCUUAUCAGAAGUGAUAAGUGAGUGGCAAAUGUAUGGGAAACAGGCUAUCUUCAUAAUUCAUAAUAUGCAUUCGGCAUUGACAUUUUUUAUUUGGAAUUUAAAAUUUAAAACUAGACUAAAAAAAUGAUGUAAGAUGUAACAUCAUAUUUUACCAUUCUAACUAUAUAGUAGGUAAGUAUAGAAAAAUAUUAUGUCAAAAAAAAAUCGAAAACUCUUUUCUACAAGAUCUCAAAAAUAUAAAAAGAGCAUAGAAGAAUGUACAAAUAUUGUUGCCACUUCUACGUUUUGGAUACACUUUUCAGCAACUAUUAAAGUGGAAUUAAAUGGAUCCAAGCUAUCAUCAAUCCUGUGCUAUGGAUUAGGAAAUUUUUUUGAGAGCAUACAAUCUAAAUACCAGCUUGGUUUGCUAUUAACAAUUAAAAAUGAAUUUAAAGUGAAGAACUGUUAUGUUUAUGAUCCCAAAUUCACGGAUGCUGAACGUUCCCAUUUAGCGGAGAUUGGAUGUGAUUCACUCUGUGAAAAUGAAGAAGGAAAACGGAGUUUAUUGCCCGGUACAUUUGUGUAUAUGCCUCAUUGUCCGAAACAGCUGCUAAAUAAUUUAUUAUGGGCAAAUUGGAAUAAGGAGAUACUUACGAGUUGUAUAAUUGUUAGUAAUAGCAUUGAUCAAACAGUGACUUCAACUUUAGACCGGAUUUUAAAUAAGUAUGCUUACUAUGUACAAAAAAUAUCUCCUCACGUCAUAGAAAAAAAAUGUUGUGAUGAUUUUAUUUAUGAUGAUGUAUUCAACGAUAUGGCGCUUCAUAUAUUUCCUAAUGAAAAAUUAAAAGAACUUGAAGAUAUUUUUUGGGAACGAGGUAAAGAACCAUUAUAUGAUAAUGAUGAGCUAGAAUUUAUAACAAAAUUUGAGUGUAUGUCUUUCCAAUCUUAAUAUAUAAUACUAUGAUUAAACUUAAAACAACAAUAUGGCUGUAUUUUUAUGGUUCAUUAAUAAAUUAUAAUUUUUUGUUUA